UCUAGUGAAAAUUAAGCUAUGGAGAAAAUACUUCCUAUUCUCUUUCUUCCUCUGUAUGUGUCAACAGCACAUGCUUGUAAAGGGGUUAAAGAAAUAAUUCUUCAGCCUUACAUCGGAGAAAAAGUUGCAUAUCCUGAAAACUAUCCAAUAGACACAGGAUAUGGAGAUAACUUGAACUGCUCCUGGAAAAUCAGCACAAUCACGGGAUAUGAUAUUGUGGUUUAUCCAAGGUGGGCGUGCAAAGGAGACGCAGAUUUUCGUCUUCAUUACGGCUCAACAACGUUAACGAAGAUAGAUGGCUGUGUUGGAUGUCCUAAAGCAUAUGGGUAUUGUACACAUAGCGAAAUCAUACGAACUAGAUCAUCGGGAAUUCUGUUGACUUUUAGAACGUUGACGCCCUGUAAAAGAGGUGGCUUCCAGUUUCGCUUCAUGUCUGUUGAAAAGAGGGAAAAUGACACCUGUAAAUCAACUGAACAACUAAUCGCAGAGUCAACUCCGAAAUUCAUUACAUCUCCGGGGUUCCCAUCUGCAUACCCAAGUCCCGUGCAGUGCUCCUAGAUUGUGGUUUCUGACUUAAAGGAGAACUUCCGUUUAAUUAUUGAGUUCCGCUCUCAAGAUUUAAAAACAACAUUAUUUGGCGUUGGCUGCAAGGAUUACGUAAAGAUAGAUAGUGUAGGCGAAUUUUGUGAAGACAGUAAAGGUAAUAUAUUACGAACAUCCGAAAGAAUGAUCUUAAAUAACUCUACAACUAAGGUGCAGUUUGUUAGUGACGUCGGGUUAAGUAGAAGCGGUUUUGUUUUGGCUUUUUACGUCGCAGUUCUCCCAAUAAUUUCGCUUCGUUUGACACCAGAGGAUGACGUAUCGUUCGUGACCGGAGGAGAUUUCCAUAUUGAAUGUGAAGCUUUAUACACGGAUACACUAGUUAGCCCAUCUCAUAUAAUACUAUACUGGAAGAAAGAUGGGAAAGAUAUUUUAUCAGAUCGGGGCUUCAGUGAAAUGGAUGCAGGCGCGUAUUCAAUUUUAUUAAAGUCAUCAGCCGAACUGCGUGACUCUGGACGAUAUUCCUGCUCACAUUCACUUUAUUCUAACUCUGAGGAUGUUUCUGUGUAUAUAAAUGUAACAGAAUCAGAUAAAGAUAAACCAUGUCCUUGCCAACAUGGAGGGACUUGCAUGAAUUCUACAUGCGUUUGUCCAGUUGGAUACCAGGGCAGAUUUUGUGCAGACGAACACAUAGAAAUCCUAUCCUAUAAAAGUGGUAACUCAGUAAUACGCGAAGGAAAGUCAGUGUGGUUCCAAGCAGAGAUCGUUGGUCCUGUUGGUUUCAUUGUCCAGUGGUCUCGAAAUGGAGAUUCAAUAAGCAAUACAGCAUCCAGAUAUGUUAUGACGUCAUCUAAAACAGAAAAUGGCACAACGCUGCAUGUCCUAACUAUCACAGAUGUUUUACGACGGGAUGAAGGAUAUUGGACAGUAAAAGCAUUAACAGGUUUGACCAAUGAAGCGAGGAAUAUUACAGUAAAAGUACUUCCAAAGCUAUUGCUACAGAUGGCACCCCAAUAUGAUUUCUCAAUUAAAACUGGAGAGAGUAUAUAUCUUCAAUGUGACGCCAUCAAUCCUAAAUCCUUAACAGGUUUAUCUAACGGAAGUUUAGCCUGGAAGAAAGAUGGCGUUAAUGUUUUAUUGGAUUCUGGAUUCAACAUAAGCACAACAAACGUAUCUUCUACAUUGGAAAAAGAAUUGGCGGAUCUUGGUGACACAGGACGCUUUUCGUGUUUCCAGUCUAGCUAUCCAGAUCCUGUAUCUGUUUCUAUAACUAUUUCUGUCACAAAACCAGAACAAAUCAGAUGUGCGGACGACGAGUUUGAUAAUAUAAAAUGGAAAUCCAUGAUUGCUGGAAUAACUAAAAUGGAGUCAUGUCCGGAAUACCAAAAAGGAACUGCAACUAGAUAUUGUAAUUUCGAAGGAGUUUGGGAAUUCCCCGAUUUCUUUAACUGUACUGAUGUCGCUUUGGUAAAUGCCAAUGAAGAUUUGGAUAGUAUAAUUGCUGAUGGCACAACUAAGAAUGUAGAUGAGACUGUGAACAACAUGUUAGUGAAAAUGAAGAAUCUGACGUCACAGAGCAGUGUAUUGAGUGCCGGAGAUAUCAGCUCAUCUCUUGACAUCCUAGAAAAGAUUGUCAACGUCACAAAUAUGACGGGUGCAAACGUGGAGAAGGAGGCCUUCUUUGCGGUUGUCGACAAUGUUUUGUCAACAAACAACACCAAAUAUUGGACUGCUGUAAGCGAAAAGACUGAAAAGGAUGCAAGCUCACUUUUAAAGAAUAUGGAUCGAAUGUGUGAAGUUGUUUUAAAGAAAGAAAAUAUAACAACAUCAAUAUUUAAAGGGAAAAAUUUUGAAGUGUCUGUUGAUAAGACAAAAGUAGAUGAAAAGGGAAUCGUCUUCCCAGAAAAAAAAGAGAAAACACCAAAUGAUACAUCAACAGAUACGGAAGAAUAUUCCACAUUUCUUGAGUUGCCGAAGCAAACAAAUAAAAUUAAAAAACCAAUUACUUAUGUGGCUGUCAUAUACAGGACGAUAUCAGACAUUUUACCCACAGAUUCAGAUUCAAAUACAGAAGAAAAUUCAAACGGAGUGACGGAAGGAAAAGAGAAGAAAAAGAAAGAAUUCGUCAAUUCUGAAAUCCUGUCGCUUACUACUCAGACAGACCUGGGUAUUCUGUACCCUCCUCUUAAUCUGGCCUUCCAGCAUAAACUUGAGAACGAAAGUGCUGACGUUCAAGCAGCGUGUGUGUCUUGGGACUUUACAACAAAUAAAUGGUCCGAAGAAGGCUGCAAAGUAAACUCCACCAACAACAAGAGAACAGUCUGCCAGUGUAACCAUCUUACUAAUUUUGCCAUUCUGAUGAGACCAUACACGCCUGAAAAAGAAGACAGAGUGUCAUUGAAGACAUUUUCUCUCGUUGGUGUUAUUAUAUCCAUUGCUUUCACAGUGUUAACGUUUGUGAUAUUUAUUCUGACAUGGAAACAAAUAAAGAGUGAUCAAAAUAUAAUGUUGCUUAAUCUCUGUGGAUCGCUUGUGAUGUCCUAUAUUGUCUUCAUCGCUGCUGUAGAAAAGACAGAAAAUGAGGGUGUUUGUAUUUUCAUCACGGCUCUUAUCCAUUAUCUUUUCUUGGUGACCUUUUUCUGUAUGCUGAGUAUGGGUAUCUACUACUGUAUGAGUAUUACAGUGACAUUCUACGCCAUGUAUGUAGCCAACAACUUCAAGUCCAAAUCCCGAGUGCAGUGGUUCCUUUUGGGAUCAUGGGGUAUUCCACUGAUCAUUGCAGCAAUUACUUUAGGAGCUUUCUGGGAGAAUGGCUACCACCUUAAACACUACUGCUGGCUGUCCAUGGAAAGUGGUUCCCUAUUUUUCUUCAUUGUUCCAGUUUGUCUAAUUGCCGUGAUUAAUAUAAUGAUAAUGGUGUCCCUGAUUCGAGUGCUAUGUGCCUCCAACGCGAUGACAAAGUCUUCACUUCAGAAAAAGGCCGCGUCUGGAUUGCGGUCUCUUGGUACCCUUUUACCCGUACUAGGUGUUACCUGGAUAUUCGGAGUCUUAGCUGUAAACGAAAGUGCUGAAAUAUUUCAAUAUAUUUUCAUCAUAGCCAACUCCUUACAGGGUUUUUGUAUAUUCAUUUCACACGUGCUAAUGAACAAAAAGCUGAUGAUGGGUAUAAAGACAAAGUACCCAUCUCUGAAUGGACUGAGAAUAUUCACAGAAUCCAGUAAAAAGGAAACUUCUUCUGUGUCAAGAUCACAUUGGUCAAGGUCAGAGACUCCAUUGGUGAAACCCAAGAGUUUAUAACUUAUUCCACUUGUACGUAUGAAAUAGACUUAAUCUAAGGAAUUAUUCU